CGCGGAAAGGAGAGCGGCGGCCGGCGGGCAGCGGCGGGCACCGGCUGCGCGAGCAGGUACCGGCGGCAGAGGUGACGAGGCCGCCCCCGGGGGGGCGAGCGGGCAGGCGGGGCUCGGCCCGCUGCGCCCCUAGGCUGCGCGAAGCGCUCGCGCUCGGCGCUCUUCUCCUACCGCGGUAACAGCGCCGGCGAGCCGGCUCUCCCAGCCCUGCCAGCCCGGGCCCUACCUGCGGCCGCCGUCGUAGGGGGGGGGGUCCUCCCAGCUCUGCGGAGGCGCAUGAACAAUAGGCGGCGGCGGCUCCUGCGGGCGGCGGCGGCCCCGCACCCUAUGGAUCGGCCGCUCCAUGGAGCCCUCCAGAGCGCUUCUCGGCUGCCUAGCGAGCGCCGCCGCUGCCGCCCCGCCGGGGGAGGAUGGAGCAGGGGCCGGGGCCGAGGAGGAGGAGGAGGAGGAGGAGGAGGCGGCGGCGGCGGCGGGCCCCGGGGAGCUGGGCUGCGACGCGCCGCUGCCCUACUGGACGGCCGUGUUCGAGUACGAGGCGGCGGGCGAGGACGAGCUGACCCUGCGGCUGGGCGACGUGGUGGAGGUGCUGUCCAAGGACUCGCAGGUGUCCGGCGACGAGGGCUGGUGGACCGGGCAGCUGAACCAGCGGGUGGGCAUCUUCCCCAGCAACUACGUGACCCCGCGCAGCGCCUUCUCCAGCCGCUGCCAGCCCGGCGGCGAGGACCCCAGUUGCUACCCGCCCAUUCAGUUGUUAGAAAUUGAUUUUGCGGAGCUCACCUUGGAAGAGAUUAUUGGCAUCGGGGGCUUUGGGAAGGUCUAUCGUGCUUUCUGGAUAGGGGAUGAGGUUGCUGUGAAAGCAGCUCGCCACGACCCUGAUGAGGACAUCAGCCAGACCAUAGAGAAUGUUCGCCAAGAGGCCAAGCUCUUCGCCAUGCUGAAGCACCCCAACAUCAUUGCCCUAAGAGGGGUCUGUCUGAAGGAGCCCAACCUCUGCUUGGUCAUGGAGUUUGCUCGUGGAGGACCUUUGAAUAGAGUGUUAUCUGGGAAAAGGAUUCCCCCAGACAUCCUGGUGAAUUGGGCUGUGCAGAUUGCCAGAGGGAUGAACUACUUACAUGAUGAGGCAAUUGUUCCCAUCAUCCACCGCGACCUUAAGUCCAGCAACAUAUUGAUCCUCCAGAAGGUGGAGAAUGGAGACCUGAGCAACAAGAUUCUGAAGAUCACUGAUUUUGGCCUGGCUCGGGAAUGGCACCGAACCACCAAGAUGAGUGCGGCAGGGACGUAUGCUUGGAUGGCACCCGAAGUCAUCCGGGCCUCCAUGUUUUCCAAAGGCAGUGAUGUGUGGAGCUAUGGGGUGCUACUUUGGGAGUUGCUGACUGGUGAGGUGCCCUUUCGAGGCAUUGAUGGCUUAGCAGUCGCUUAUGGAGUGGCCAUGAACAAACUCGCCCUUCCUAUUCCUUCUACAUGCCCAGAACCUUUUGCCAAACUCAUGGAAGACUGCUGGAAUCCUGAUCCCCACUCACGACCAUCUUUCACGAAUAUCCUGGACCAGCUAACCACCAUAGAGGAGUCUGGUUUCUUUGAAAUGCCCAAGGACUCCUUCCACUGCCUGCAGGACGACUGGAAACACGAGAUUCAGGAGAUGUUUGACCAACUCAGGGCCAAAGAAAAGGAACUUCGCACCUGGGAGGAGGAGCUGACGCGGGCUGCGCUGCAGCAGAAGAACCAGGAGGAACUGCUGCGGCGUCGGGAGCAGGAGCUGGCCGAGCGGGAGAUUGACAUCCUGGAACGGGAGCUCAACAUCAUCAUCCACCAGCUGUGCCAGGAGAAGCCCCGGGUGAAGAAACGCAAGGGCAAGUUCAGGAAGAGCCGGCUGAAGUUCAAGGAUGGCAACCGCAUCAGCCUCCCUUCUGAUUUCCAGCACAAGUUCACGGUGCAGGCCUCCCCUACCAUGGAUAAAAGGAAGAGUCUUAUCAACAGCCGCUCCAGUCCUCCUGCAAGCCCCACCAUCAUUCCUCGCCUUCGAGCCAUCCAGUUGACACCAGGUGAAAGCAGCAAAACCUGGGGCAGGAGCUCAGUCGUCCCAAAGGAUGAAGGGGAGGAGGAGGAGAAGAGGGCCCCAAAGAAGAAGGGACGGACGUGGGGGCCAGGGACGCUUGGUCAGAAGGAGCUUGCCUCGGGAGAUGAAGGAUCCCCUCAGAGACGUGAGAAAGCUAAUGGUUUAAGUACCCCAUCAGAAUCUCCACAUUUCCACUUGGGCCUCAAGUCCCUGGUAGAUGGAUAUAAGCAGUGGUCGUCCAGUGCCCCCAACCUGGUGAAGGGCCCAAGGAGUAGCCUGGCCCUGCCAGGGUUCACCAGCCUUAUGGAGAUGGCCUUGCUGGCAGCCAGUUGGGUGGUGCCCAUCGACAUUGAAGAGGAUGAGGACAGUGAAGGCCCAGGGAGUGGAGAGAGUCGCCUACAGCAUUCACCCAGCCAGUCCUACCUCUGUAUCCCAUUCCCUCGUGGAGAGGAUGGCGAUGGCCCCUCCAGUGAUGGAAUCCAUGAUGAGCCCACCCCAGUCAACUCGGCCACGAGUACCCCUCAGCUGACGCCAACCAACAGCCUCAAGCGGGGCGGUGCCCACCACCGCCGCUGCGAGGUGGCUCUGCUCGGCUGUGGGGCUGUUCUGGCAGCCACAGGCCUAGGGUUUGACUUGCUGGAAGCUGGCAAGUGCCAGCUGCUUCCCCUGGAGGAGCCUGAGCCACCAGCCCGUGAGGAGAAGAAAAGACGGGAGGGUCUUUUUCAGAGGUCCAGCCGUCCUCGUCGGAGCACCAGCCCCCCAUCCCGAAAGCUUUUCAAGAAGGAAGAGCCCAUGCUGUUGCUAGGAGACCCCUCUGCCUCCCUGACGCUGCUCUCCCUCUCCUCCAUCUCCGAGUGCAACUCCACACGCUCCCUGCUGCGCUCCGACAGCGAUGAAAUUGUCGUGUAUGAGAUGCCAGUCAGCCCAGUCGAGGCCCCUCCCCUGAGCCCAUGUACCCACAACCCCCUGGUCAAUGUCCGAGUAGAGCGCUUCAAACGAGAUCCUAACCAAUCUCUGACUCCCACCCAUGUCACCCUCACCGCCCCCUCGCAGCCCAGCAGUCACCGGCGGACUCCUUCUGAUGGGGCCCUUAAGCCAGAGACUCUCCUAGCCAGCAGGAGCCCCUCCAGCAAUGGGUUGAGCCCCAGUCCUGGAGCAGGAAUGUUGAAAACCCCCAGUCCCAGCCGAGACCCAGGUGAAUUCCCCCGUCUCCCUGACCCCAAUGUGGUCUUCCCCCCAACCCCAAGGCGCUGGAACACUCAGCAGGACUCUACCUUGGAGAGACCCAAGACUCUGGAGUUUCUGCCUCGGCCGCGUCCUUCUGCCAACCGGCAACGGCUGGACCCUUGGUGGUUUGUGUCCCCCAGCCAUGCCCGCAGCACCUCCCCAGCCAACAGCUCCAGCACAGAGACGCCCAGCAACCUGGACUCCUGCUUUGCUAGCAGUAGCAGCACUGUAGAGGAGCGGCCUGGACUUCCAGCCCUGCUCCCGUUCCAGGCAGGGCCGCUGCCCCCGACUGAGCGGACGCUCCUGGACCUGGAUGCAGAGGGGCAGAGUCAGGACAGCACCGUGCCGCUGUGCAGAGUGGAACUGAACACGCACAGGCCUGCCCCUUAUGAGAUCCAGCAGGAGUUCUGGUCUUAGCACGAAAAGGAUUGGGGCGGGCAAGGGGGACAGCCGGCGGAGAUGAAGGGAGCUGGCGGGCACAGCCCUUUCUCAGGGUUGGACCCCCUGAGAUCCAGCCCUACUUCUUGCACUGAUAAUGCACUUUGAAGAUGGAAGGGAUGGAAACAGGGCCACUUCAGAGAGUCUCCUGCCCUGCAGGGCCUUUCUACCUGUGUCCACUGGAGGGGCUGUGGCCAUCAGCUCUGGCUGUGUAGGGGAGGGAGGGGUGCAUGCAUGUCCCCCACCCUCCACAGUCUUCCUUGCCUUUAGAGUGACCCUGCAGAGUCACUCAGCCAAAUCUGUCUGCUGCUCCCUCUCCUCAGCCAGUUGGGUGUGCGCAGAGCUGUCAUGGGGUCCCUUUGUCAGCCCCGAGUUCAGCUUCCCAAACACCAGUGUUGGAUAUUCUGUGAUUGAUUUUGGUCCUCCUCCGCUGUCCUCCAACACCCAGGAAUGGGAAUCUGGCUUGGUUCGAGAUAGGAGCUUUUCUGUGUCCUAAGCCCUUUCAUGCUAGCAGGAAGACUGAAAGCAGGGUGGCCCAGUGUGGGGUCAUAGGGCUUGAUAGACCUGGCACUGCCUAUCUGCACUUCCAGGUGCCCCACCUAUUUAUCUGAGCCCACAGGUGGAAAGGGGAACUGCCUCAGUGAGAACAGGGGGACGGGGAUGUUAGGAAAAAUACAGUAAAGUUGCAGUGAAGAGGUUCAUGAAGUAUGUCCUUGUUCUUUUUGGAAACUCUCGGCAAAGGGCAAACCAGCAACUAUUGAGGGUACCCAUCUAGCUACUUGGGGUCAGGACCUCGUCAGACCAGGUUCGGAUACAAUCAUCUGCUCAUCCCAGGAAUAGUUUCUUGGGGGACUCACUCACUGGUGCCAGUUCUAAGUCAGAGACAAAAUUCCACUGUCUGUUCCUUUUGUUGUCUGAACUUUAUGUGUUACUCCCUUCCUUUGGUCUUCACUCUAAUCCCUGGAGUUUGUGGGCUUUUGGUUAUGUUUGGUUAGUAGAUAUCACCGCAAUGCCCUAGAACAGCUAUGAAGCAGAAUACCGUAUGGCCACCUGGACAUUGGGACUUGGGAAUUCACUCUCAACUGGGCCAUCCAUGUUGUGAUGCCCUUGAAGUAAAAUGGAGCCAGCAGGAGUACCUUCUGUAAAUGCAUGUGGCAAAGUGCUAUUUAUAGGGUGCCCAGGGAGCCGCUGAUGUACAAUAACCUUGAGGUCCCCCAUACUGAAAACUGACCAAGGCCUGUGCACAGGUAGUCCCUCAUGCUGGGCUCUGAACCAUGAGCUGAGUAGGAAGGAUAGCAGAGGCCAACCCUGACCUUCCUGGAAGUUGUUUCCUUAACUUGAAUGUUGAGCUUCCUCUAAAGCUUUCUCGUGUAUGUCUUCUCCAUGCCACUACUCUGAGGCCUCCUGUGUUAUGUGUGAACAGUUGUCUUUAUGUGGGAAUGACGACUUGAUUGGGAGUAGAGUCUCAAGGUCAUUCCCCUCUUCCCUCGAGACUCUCUGAAUGCUGCUCCACUGUCUUUUGUCUUGGAGGUCACUCAGCAGGUUCCUUGCAUUUGCUGCCUGGAUGUGCAGCUGGCAACAGUGAUGAAUUGGUCACUGCUCUUUCUCUAUAACUGGGAUAGAUGUCCUGCCUUGGGGUCACUAAAGGGGUGACCUUGUUCCUUGCUUUAUGAGCCCAUUAGCACUUUGGUUCAAGGGGCCCACCAAGUCUUGGACGGGAAGGCGCUACUGGUUUUAUUGCCCAAGGUUUUGUUAUUGCUUCUCUUCUGUGUCCUUCUCUUUGUUCAGUGAAGCCAAUAUGUAAGAUACUGUUUUUGUCCCCAUUCCCCUACUCCUGAGCUAGGAGGAAAAAAUGUGAAUCUUACCAGCAGUUCCAGCCAACCAAGUGAUUCUUCUUCAUUCUUGAUGGGGAGAAGUACAUACAAAGUUUGUUCUGACAGGGCGCGGUGGCUCACGCCUGUAAUCCCAGCGCUUUGGGAGGCAGAGGCAGGUGGAUCGCCUGAGGUCGGGAGUUCGAGACCAGCCUGACCAACAUGGAGAUAUCCUGUCUCUACUAAAAAUACAAAAAAAUUAGCCAGGCAUGGUGGCACGUGCCUGUAAUCCCAGCUACUCGCAAGGCUGAGGCAGGAGAAUCACUUGAACCUGGGAGGCGGAGGUUGCAGUGAGCCAAGAUUGCACCAUUGCACUCCAGCCUGGGCAACAAGAGAGAAACUCUGUCUCCAAAAAAAAAAAAAAAAAAAAAAAAGUCUGUUCUGUGGCCUCCUUCCCCCGGGCCCUCCAUAACCUCAGGCUAAACCAUGAACACAUCUGUAUAUCCUUGGCUCCACUAAAUGGCCCUCUUGUGGCCCUCCAAACCAUGCUGCCUAUACACAGUGCUCUGUGGUAUGAAGCAGAGAUUUUUCCUUUGCUCAUUUUUAACUUUUGCCAUUGUGGUAGGUUGCAGCCAUCUUUCUAGAUGUAGUGUAACUGAUGUAGUGUAACUGAAUGAUGGUCACCUGCCAUUGAGUGAGAGGUUGAGUGCCAUCCUUACUUGUCCACUGUGGGGAAAGAUAAAGCAAGCCUGGGUCUUUGCUAAGGAAAUAAUUGUACCCGAAAGAAGCAAAAGCAGGGCUAUCCAAAGGUGCUACUGUGAGCACCCAUGAAGAAGGAACAGUUAGCAUCUCUCAACUCCUACACACCUGGUCUCUGAUGGGCCCCUGACUGCUGCACUCUCUCAGUGGGGCAAGGUUGGAGAUGGGCUAAGGAUCUGUAUAGUAGUAGCAGGUCUCAGUGGCUUUCUGUUCGCUCAGGUUCCCUUGUUCUGUGGUCCUGGUCGGGAGCAGGCCCUGGAGCUGUGGAUGAAGCCACUUGAGUGGCAGUAGCCGGCACCCCUUUCCUCUGCCUUCCCUUUCCACAAAGACACAUUCCUUCUGCUCUUGGCAGGUGCUAACUUCAUGGAAGAUGGUAAUAGGAACAGAUACUGCUCUCUGCCCCUGCUUCUUGGAUUCUUCAGCUCCUACUGCUGAUUCGGAUUAUCCCCUUUUGACCCUCUUGGGGAUCCAGACUGCUGCCAGGAGGCUGAGUAGAUACCUCAGUUAUCUAUAUGUUAUUUCUGAGAGGCUUUGGCGGAUCCUCUUCACUUGGCAUCCUGUGGCAUCCCUAGGGUCUGGUGGUAACAGUAAUAGCAACAAUGAUAUCUUACAUUUGGACAACUCAAAAUAGUGCUAACUUUUCCUCCUGACCUUUGCAAAAUGACAUCAUUUUCCUUGUACAUUUGAUACCCUUGCUAGUAGAGAAGGGGAAAUGCUUAAAGAUGAAAAUUCAAGUGAAGAGAAAUGAAAAAGUGGCUUGAACUAAUUGCUGAGUGAGGCCACUGGGCUCAGAACUGAACAGGUUGGCUGCAUUCCCCAUUCUGCUUUUGCUGUGUGGCCAUAGGCUUGUCUCUUUAGCCCCUCUCAGAUUUCCUUCCUUUAAAAGCAAUCAUCACAUGCUUUCCUCUCAAGGGAGUUGGGUGUAUGUAUCAGAGGUCAGUGAAACACCAUAGCUCCUUGCCAGCUCCUAGAGGAAGCUUCUUUCAUCUAUACAGGAUGAAUCGCUGAAGUUGAGAGUGUGGCUCUCGUCACCUUUGCCUUGAGGGAACUUGCCUUUUCUUUCGUCCUUUGGCUUCUGGAAGAGGAGUGAUUUGGAGGUGGUUGAGCAUGACUAAUGGGGGCCCUGGUCGGGCCCAUGCCCUUCUGCCGCACAUAUAUAGCACCUGGUGUUGACAAGCAUUCUUUCCUAAUUCCCCCACUUAACUUGUCUGACGCUGUCUGCCAAUGUCAUCCUCACCAUUUGUGUCUUACAGAGAAGGAAAUGGGAGAGGGAGGUUGUGUCUUACAGAGAAGGAAAUGAGAGAGGGAGGUUGGUAGCAACAUCAGAGUGACAGUUGGCUGUCUCUCAUUUCUUGGGGUCAUCAGUCUGAUUUGUUUAGAGCCUGGAAUCAUCCCAGUUCCUGGAAGAAUCUUUGGAAAAGGGUCCCCUUGCUCUUGGGACAUGUGUCAUGGUCACUAAGCCCCCUUUCCCUCAGGCUACUGUUGCUCAGGGACACAAUGAGAUACCCCAAGGACAUCUAGACCUGACUUUUCAUGAACUCUCUUGCCUCUGUGGUCCCCACAUUGGAGACCUCCCUCCCUCCUCCUUCCCUUGUGUGAAGGAGACACCUCCUGAGCAAUCCUAACUCAUCCAGCUCACUUUUAACAAAGCAAAGAGCAGAGGGCACUGAAGACUGGAUGACUGUGAAUGGCACACCUUGGGGUUGAAACCGUGUUGGCAGGAACCUGGUGAUAAAAGCUGCCUACUUCCUGGGUGUGUGAAUUUGCACAUAUCUUUUCCCCUCACUGGACUUCAGAAGCCUACUGUGAACUGGGGACGAUGCUAUCUACUUUCCCUCCCGAAGCCCUUCUAACUUUCAAAUGUAUGGUCCUGGAGCCAUGAGUCCUGCACAGAAACUGCAGCCUUGCCAGAUUGCUUCCCUUGGUGCAGAAAAGUGUUCGUGUGUAUGAAAUAUAUGUACGGUUUUACGUCAAAAACAGUCGAAUAUCAGCUAUUUCAUAUGGUUCACCCUAAUGUACCUGCCUCUCUCUUUGGCUUUAGGUCUGAGAAUGACUUGUCUUUGUCAAGGUAUACUAUUGUUAGAAAUGCAUUACCAAAUGCAUCUCUUCUGUCGGAUCAGCGUAUUCCUAGAUUAGGAAUUCAAAUUAAUGAAAAUUCACAUGUGAAAGGAAAAUCCAUUGCUAUUUCUGGAGAGGACCUCAGUCCUGGGCUUUUCCCUGGCAUUGCUACCUGGGUGGGUGCUCACCACUCAGGUGCUGGUGUUGGAAGGCAGGAGGAGGAAGCUGAAAUCCUGCCGAUUAAGGCUAAUUAACAGGGUUUAGGUGCCUAAUUAUCAUGACUCAGCCCGGGACUUAUGGUUAGCCGUGCAGGCCAGGUGAGUCUCUUAUGGACUUCCUCUCAGACUGCUCUUUCUCAUUUUGUCCUGAUGAGAUAUUGACAGUCAUGUCCACCCGCUUCCUCAUCCAUUUCCCGUCUUGGGCCCUGGAAGUACGGGGGCCUCUGUAGGCUGCCUAGGGAGCCCUGGCUUUGCUCUUCAUGUUGGGCUCACUCCAUGAUCAGGAGCCAGUAGGACUGGUCCUUCCUGAUUCUUACUGUCUGUGGUUCCCCAUCCCCUACAGGGAGCCUGCUUUGGGCCUUGAGCUGGAUAGAGAGAAGAGCUUUGGGGCCCAGCUGGUUAUAGGAGCUGAGCUUUUCCACACCUCUCUUUGUUAACCCUUGGAAACAGACCUGCCUUUCACCUGACCCAUCUUCCUACCUGUCUGGUCUGACCUGCCCUCUUUGAAAGCACUCAUCACCUAGUUUUACUAGGCUGAUUGGCAGAUGUGGAUAUGACAGGUGUCUAUCGAGAUAGGUGUCUAACUAGUUAGGUGUCUCAGGAUUGGACAGCAGAAUACCAUUCCAGGGGUGCACAGACAGGCCUCUCCUACCGGAACAUGAGGGAUAGACGUCUGGGCGUUCUGAACCCAGAGGUCAGAGUAGUCACAAGCGGAGCCCUGGGGAGCGAGGGCCCCAGGGUCGUGGUGUUCCUUGCCCUGCGCUCACUGAAGUCCAAGGCCAGGUUUCAGAAGUAGUGUGCUGCCCAUUCCUGAGAUCCUUCACACCUGGACACCAACCCAGACAAAGCCUGACUUAAAAUUUUGAUACUGUAUUCAUUGUGGAAUUUUUCAAUAACUCUGAUUUUUAAAAAAUACUGCAUUGCAAUAUGAUUUACCUUGAUUACUGAGGUUCUUUUUUUUUGGCACCCCCUUAAAUUUUAACCCAAGGUGAGGGCCUCACUCCACUCUUGACCCAGCCCUGCCUGCCCCUCACCUGGACCUGUGAGAGGGGCUUAGGUACCACUGUGAAAUACGUUUUAAAUUUUUACUUGCCCUUCCCCUCAGGUCCUGAGUGAGGCAGCGGCUCUCUGGGGGUGCUCGCAUUUAAAUAGGAGUGUGUAGGCUUACAGCAAUGAAACAUCUAGGAGCUUUUAACUUUGGAUCUACACCUGGGUGUGACAUUUCCUUGGUGUUCUCUGGCUGCCUUUCCGGCUCUGCAGCCCUGAGGGCACUUGUGUGUGUGUGUGUGUUCCCUGGAGAAGGGAAGUGAUUAUGGCAGAGAGGCUCCUUUAGAUUCUCCUCUUAAACCUCUUUGGAACAUGUUUGAAUUCCAGAAGUGAAUGAACUUCAUUCAUUCUCUCGUCCAGAUUUCAGAAGGGACUAAAGUGAAUGGAGGCUUUUUCACUCCCUGGCAUGCCAAGAGCCACAUUCCCUAGCUCUGUGCCUGCACAGUGAGUCUUCAGAAUUUGGCCCAUCACACCCUCUGCUAGUAUCGUUUCCACCACCCUCCUCAUCCUCUGUCAUCUUUAUUUCAUUCUCAUCGUUUAUCUCUACCUCCAGUUCAGAUGCCAUGCUGGCUGUGGCUCUUUUCUUCAUCACCAUCAGAGUGAGGCAAAGAUGUAUCCUGGCCUUGUUAUAAAGACAAAUAAUACAUGAUAAGAAAUCAUUAAUUUUUUUCCACGUGGGGGGUGGUGCUGUCCUAGUGAUUCAUAUAUAUAUAAUUUUUGACUCCUUACAAUAAUUCUGGGAUGUGGGUAUUACCCCCAUUUAAGAAUGUGGAAACCAAGGCUCUGAUGGCUCUAUAAUUUGCCCAGGGUCACACAGCUAGGAAGCAAGUUGCUGAUCUGCUUGGUUCCAAAGUCACCUCUCUUUUUCCUCUGAGCACAUUUCUAAGCCACUACUUAGAAGCUCUUGAGAUAAAGUUGGCCUAGCUCAGGUCCACCGAGGUUUUGAGAUUGCCCUUUGCCCAAGGAGGAGUUGUGUCCUUGGCUUACCUGUCAUCUGCCUGUGACUGGACUUGAACCCUCGCACGUCUCAGCUGACAUCCUUGAUGCUGCUGGCUGCCUUCCUCUCCCUGUUUCCUCUCCAUGACUCCAGGGGUUUGAAGCACACAGGAGCUGGACAUGUCAAUUCUGUAGCUCUUCUCCCAAUACCACUGAAGGCCGUGAGCCUCUCUCCUGUUUCCAGCCUGCAGGUGCCCUGUUGCUGCUCUUCAUUCCAGCUUCUCCUCACUUUUCUCUCAGUCUCUUGAGCUUGGAAGCCUUACUGUAGCUUGUGUCUCCUCCCUGGGCACUUGAGGUCAGGCUUUUGCCUUUUUGUCACAUUGAGCCACAUGCCUUUGAUACACAGUUGUAGCAAAGAAGGGAGGUGAUGAACUUGCUCACUUUCUUUUCUGAUUUCCCUCCCUACUCAUCCUGCACAUUCACCCACAACCACUCCCCACCGAAACCCAGAUAUCUUAUAGUCUAAGGCUUGUAGAGGAUUAAGGAAAGGAAUUGGAGAUGGGUUUUACUUAGUUCACAGAAAAGCUUUCUUUGGGAUUUUUCCUCCCCCUUAGGGCUUUUAAGUCUAGGUGAAGUGAAAGUUCACAUAUGUGUUUGUUUGGUUCCUCUGUAAUUAGCUACUAGUUUUUAUCCCUAGACCUUCUCUGCUCCAAUGUCUUGUUCAUGUGUCCUGACCCCGUGUCCUUGAAUUCCCACUUUGCUUUGGGAUUUAAGUUAUUGUAUGUUGUCAACAAUAUUUAAAGAUGAAAAAGUCCUGAAGGAAACUUAUCAGGUUCUUUCCUUUGGCUUUUUUUUUUUUUCUUUCGAGGUACUGUAAAUUGUUAACUAGGGAUGCCAAGCAGGCUUGGUUCAAUGGCUAAACCUCUUAUUGUAUUACAGUGUAAUGCUGAUCUCAGCCUGGUCUCAAUGCCAGAGCACACAGAGACUUGAAUAAAACUGUUAUAACGAUUA